AUGGCAGACAUUGCAUUUCCAAGCACAUGGACCGGCUCCGUUCAGGCUCGUCAGCUUUUCAAAGUUGGUGACUUUUUGGGGGGAAACAAAAACGUAAUUAACCCAGAAGAAUCGAUUGACGUGUCUGGCCACACACUUGUUUUGGUGGAUCGAGUCAUUGCUAAGUUGAACCUGGAGGAAGUUCCUACAAUGCACGCCCUGACCCGUGGCUGUUGUGUUGCAGUUCUUGGUCUUUGCUUGUGGGGGCUAGUGAACUUGGCAGGUGCUGCCUUUGGGGACCCUGGAGAAGACCAUGAUUACUACCUGCAAGAGAUCAUUUCCAGACAGCCUCACUACUACCCCGAGGAGCGCCGAAGGAGCCCAGAGAGUCCUGUGGAGAGGCGGCUCAAGACGGAGUUAAAGAAGGAUAAGGAGAAGCGCCUCGGUGCAGUAAAAAACGGAAAUAAAAAAACUGAUAAAAAAGCCAAUGGAAAAACACCAAAUAGCAGUCAAGAAACCUACAAAGCCGCUGAAGAGAAGAUUGAGAAAUGUCCUCCUCUGGGUUUGGAGGCUUUGCGAAUUGAUGACUUCCAACUCCAUGCAUCUACCGUCAAACGUUACGGCCUGGGGGCACACAGAGGCAGACUGAAUAUCCAGGCUGGCAUCUUUGAAGAUGACUUCUAUGAUGGAGCUUGGUGUGCUGGGAGAAAUGAUUAUGCACAGUGGUUUGAAGUGGAUGCCAGAAGACUAACUAAAUUCACUGGUGUUGUAACACAAGGAAGAAACUCGCUUUGGUCGAGUGACUGGGUGACAUCGUAUUCCGUUCUGCUGAGCAAUGACAGCUACAGCUGGGUUGCUGUCAAUAAUGGAUCAGAUGAUAUGGUAUUCAAAGCAAACCAAGAGAAAGCGAUUCCUGUACUUAAUGAGUUUCCCACUCCAAUUGUUGCUCGGUACAUAAGAAUUAACCCUCGGAGUUGGUAUCCAGAUGGUGACAUAUGCAUGAGAGUGGAAAUUUUGGGCUGUCCUAUGCCAGAUCCUAACAACUACUACCGCAGACGAAAUGAAGUCACCACAACAGAUGAUCUAGACUUCAGACACCACAGUUAUAAAGAAAUGAGGCAGUUGAUGAAGAUAGUAAAUGAACAGUGUCCAAACAUCACUAGGAUAUAUAACAUUGGCAAAAGCUAUCAAGGAAUGAAAUUGUACGCAAUCGAGAUCUCUGAUAAUCCAGGAGUGCAUGAAGUUGGUGAACCGGAGUUCCAUUACUCAUCAGGAGCUCACGGCAAUGAAGUUCUUGGACGUGAGCUGCUCCUCUUAUUGAUGCAGUUCAUGUGCCAAGAGUAUUUGGCAGGGAAUCCACGAAUCAAGCAUCUUGUUGAGGAGACUAGAAUCCAUUUCUUGCCUUCUGUUAAUCCUGAUGGAUAUGAAAAAGCUUAUGAAGUGGGUUCCGAAUUAGUAGGCUGGUCUUUGGGCCGUUGGACUCAUGAUGGCGUUGAUAUCAUGCACAAUUUUCCUGACCUCAAUUCUGUUCUUUGGGAAGGAGAGGAACGCCGAAGAGGAUACAAGAAUGUGAAUAACCAUCACCUACCCAUUCCUGAGUGGUACUUAUCUGACAACGCCACUCAAGCACAGGUAGCUGCUGAGACACGUGCAGUAAUUGCCUGGAUGGAAAAAAUUCCAUUUGUUUUGGGUGGAAAUUUACAAGGUGGAGAAUUGGUUGUGACAUAUCCGUUCGACAUGACACGGUUUAGCACAAAAGUCCAUGAAUACUCUGCCACGCCAGAUGAUCAUGUUUUCCGGUGGCUGGCUUUUUCUUAUGCUUCCACUCACCGUCUCAUGACAGAUGCAAAUAGAAGAGUAUGCCACACAGAUGAUUUUGCUAAAGAAGAUGGAACUAUAAAUGGGGCAUCAUGGCACACAGUAGCAGGAAGUAUGAAUGACUUCAGUUAUCUGCACACAAAUUGCUUUGAGAUUUCUAUUUAUGUUGGCUGUGACAAAUUUCCUCAUGAGAGUGAACUCCCCGAUCAGUGGGAAAACAAUCGAGAGUCCCUCCUUGUUUUCAUGGAACAGGUCCAUCGGGGUAUCAAAGGUAUCGUGCAAGAUCCACAGGGAAAAGGAAUUCCAAACGCUGUCAUAUCAGUUGAAGGCAUCAACCAUGAUAUUACUACGGCAAUUGAUGGAGACUAUUGGCGGCUCUUAAAUCCUGGCGAGUACAAGGUCACGGCCAAGGCUGAAGGUUAUUCAAGUGCAACCCGGAACUGUGAGGUUGGAUACGAUAUGGGAGCAACCGAAUGUCAUUUUGUUCUGACCAGAACAAAUCUGUCAAGAAUUAAAGAGAUAAUGGAGAAGUUUGGGAAGCAGCCAAUCAAUCUCUCCCUUAAACGGUUCAGGCGCGUUCGACACAGACGUCGCCAGUUAUAGGAAAUCCUUGUAGAACAAA